UUCAGAAUCAUAAUGAGACAGAUGCCCGGUUAGAGGACUUCCGUAUUUGCAUCGUGGCUGUCUGGUUGGGCUUAGAGAUGAGGACAAGAAAGCAGCUUUAUACAGCAGAGAAAGUGUGGGUGGACAAGCACAUGUAUGAUGAAGCAGAGAGACUUCACUAUGAACGGGAAGCAAGUUUAGCAGCCUCUGCAGCUGGAGCCCACCAGGAGGUGGUGGCGGUGGCGGUGAAUGGCUUCUGCCAUGAAGGGCCUCCUGAGGAGUUGCUGAAGGAGGACGUAUGGAGUGCAGGAAGUAAGAGAAAGCAGAAGAAAAGGAAGUGCUCACCCAAAGCCAAGCCUUCAGGUCUGAAAGUAGAUUUUGUCCUGGCGGGGUUAUUAGCUGAGCAUGUGUGGUUCAAUAAGCCCCUGUUUGACCAGGCAGAAAGCAACUACAGGAAGAAGCUGGCCGAAACAUUUCCCCUGGCAGCUGGUGGGACGGUCUUGGCUGCUGAGCAAAGGGGGCUCAUGCCCUCAGUAGAAAUAGAGUCCCUCCAAGGUGAUGUUAUGCCACAGAAAAAACUGUCCUCCUUGCCCUGCAACCACGGCAGUCUGUCAUCCUGUCAUCACAUCAUUCAGGACAUUUGGGUCAAUAAGUUUGACUUUGAUGAAGCCGAGAAGGUGUUUGUUGAGCGUUCUCAAUUGGUGCCUCUGCCACACUUCCUGGACCUUUCAUCUGCGGUGUCAGGUAACAGCCUUGGGCAAAAAACACCAGACGAAGGCUAUGUGACUGGCCUACCUACCCCUUCAACACCAGCUCAGUCUGUGGAUAUUGUACCUGACUCCAGUGCAUCCUUUGCUUCCUCCCCUCUUCCUGAUGUUUCAAACCAGACAGUGAAUGGCAAACCUCAGCUGUCAAGUUUAAGGGCCCUGAUCUCUGAAGUUUGGCUGGAGAAGCCCGUUUAUGAUGAUGCAGAAAGAUGCUUCUAUACGAACAUGUUUGAUGGGCAUCCUCCGGGAAAGGUGAGGUUGCAGGAGUUUGGACAGUCAGAGUCCUCAAAGAGGAGCAGGAAAGAGAAAAAGAGCAGGAGCGUGGGGAAGCAGGCGUCCUGCAAGAAAGGGAAGAAUUCUAUUGCCACCUCUGCCGCCACACCUCAAGAGGCUUCCCAGUCCCGACCUGCCUGGUACUUCAUACACAAGGACAGUGAGUCUCCGUGGUUCAGCAAACCCACAUAUGAUACUGCUGAAGCGCACUACUUCGCCUUCCAAGCCUCGGAGCUGGCCAGCAAGCAAGAAAGCAGCAGCAGCACAUUGGGAACGAUGCUGGCAAAGCCACCCAAGCCUUCUCCCGGAGCUCCAAGUGCAUCAGAGUCUGAUACUAAAAACAUGGCAACCAGUUUCCUCAUGCACGAGAAGAUCUGGUUUGACAAGUUCAAAUAUGAUGAUGCUGAGAAGAGAUACUAUGAGCAGAAGAACGGUCCCCUCUGCAGCCCUUCCAGCCAGCAGGAGAACGGAGCCAGCACGAUUCUACGCGACAUUGCCAGAGCCAGGGAGAAUAUCCAGAAGUCGCUGGCCGGACUCAAGACAGUUUUACAAAACCCUCCCGAAGCCCCUCCGGUUCAACGCAAGAAGCGGUCGGGUCGUGCGGCUAGUGCCAGCAGCACAUCUUCUGCAGGACCUGCCGGGGACCAAAGUGAGCUGGUCACCAGGAUUGCCAGUCUAGAGGCAGAGAAUCAAAACCUUCGUAGUGUGGUUGCAGACCUCCAGCUUGCCAUUUCCAGACUGGAAUGUCGUCUGAGUGUAGUGGAAAAAACAUCUACUUCGCAUCACCCUUCCCCACCUCCACCAACACAGCACGUCACCCCCAUGAAGAAGGUGGAGCCCUUGGCAGUUUCAUCCAGGAAGGUUGAACUGCCUUCGGUGUCACCCGCACGGAAAGCAGAAGCUCCUGCUGUUGAAGAUGACGAAGAUGAUGACAUUGACCUGUUUGGUAGCGAUGAGGAGGAAGACCAAGAAGCGGCCCGAAUCCGGGAAGAGCGAUUAAAGCAAUAUGCAGAGAAGAAGUCCAAGAAGCCUGGCUUGAUUGCCAAAUCCUCUAUCCUUUUGGAUGUUAAGCCUUGGGAUGAUGAAACAGAUAUGGCCAAGAUGGCAGAAUAUGUCCGAUCCGUUCAGAUGGAUGGUCUGGUCUGGGGAGCCUCCAAACUGGUCCCAGUGGGUUAUGGCAUCAAGAAAUUGCAGAUCCAGUGUGUGGUGGAGGAUGACAAGGUUGGGACAGACAUACUAGAAGAAGAAAUCACCAAAUUCGAAGAUUAUGUGCAGAGUGUCGACAUAGCUGCAUUCAAUAAGAUCUGACAGCAAACAUUUACCCUUUCUAGAAUUAAUAAAAAGUCAAGAGUUGGAAUGUA